AAAACUAUGUAUGCUUUGGAUUUCUGCUUCUUAAAAUUAAAUAUAACAUUAAAAUAAAGAUGUUUGGGUUACAAAAAAGAAUAAUAUUAUGCCAGAAAUUAAAUUGCAGUAUUAAUGCCCUCAACAAAUGCACGACAGUUUUCCAAGAACUUGGCCAGCAUCAUUUCCCUCUUAGAAGAAGUGUCUCAGCGAUCUCAAACAGUUUGGAGUACAAGAUGAUUGAACCGGAGCACUAUGACCAGGUGUUGGUGCACAUGCGGAAGAACUUCUUCCCCCAAGAGCCGAUGAACAAGGCCGCCGGCUUGUGCCAGGAUGGAGAGGUCAACCCUAACCUGGAGCAAAAGGUUCUAGACACCAUGGAGGAUAACUUGAGCCUGAUGGCGGUGGACCCGGAUCCAGACUGCUGUAAAAUAGCCGGCGUGGUGGUAAACGGCAUCUUAAGGCCCGGUGACACGGCCAAGGCACUGAAAGACCUAGAGCGGAGCUGCGAUCUGGGCUUCCGGAAUAUGUUUACUAUGAUUUACUGUCUUUUCAUUAACAACGACCUGUUUAAGAAAUUUGACGUGGAUUGUAUCUUCGAUGUGCGGAAACUAUCGGUGGAUUCAAGCUAUCGCGGCCGUGGCAUUGGCAAUGAACUCAUCAAGCAAUCGAUGGCGUUGGCCAAAAAGAAAGGUUUCUCUCUGAUGAAGACCGAUUCCACAGGCGUCUACUCCCAGAAGAUAUUUCACUCCCUGGGCUUCGAAGUUCACGCAGAGCAGUCGUAUGACGAAUAUACGGAUGACAAUGGCCAGAUGAUCCUGCCCGUGGAGGCGCCUCACACUAAGCUAGAGCUGCUCUACAAGCAAAUCAGCGAAGGAACCGAGGACGAGCAAAACUAGGGCUACUAAUCGGGGAGUGAAAAGGAUAUUGGUUGGAACACUUUUAAGUUUUUUGUAUUUUCUUCACCCUAAAAUUAGGAACAAUAGGAAAAAAUAGGGAAACAUCCUAUGGAGGUUCAGCUACGGACAAUAUAAAUAUAAUUUUACUUAAAUAAAAGAUGAAA